CGUGCAAUUUUCGGGGAAGGUGCGCGCAUCUGCCUGCCCAAAAAUUUGGAAGACGGGAAGACCAUGCUUUGCCUCUUUUUUCUUUUAUUUGUUUUGUGUGUGUGUUGAAGCACAAAGCGGCGCCGGCGCUUUGCACAUGCAGCUCAGUUUUGUACAGAUUAUUCAACUUCGCUCUUGGCGUGAAGAAACAACAACAACGCAAACACACACAAAAUGCGCAACCUUGCACGAGUUCAUCAGCUGUGGACUGGGUCACCCUCCCUCACCCAACCCACGGAUGACGACGAAGCACACUAGAAAUGUAGCAUGUAGUUAGCAUCCAAUCCGAUCCGAUCCUCUCACAAGCAAUAAGAAUAACCAAAUAGCGGAACUGGCAGACGUCGCAAAUUUGUGACAUAGCGAGUGAAUGAGUUAAUCGGGUAAAUACUCAGUUGCAUCAAGCAAAACCACAGUGAAAUAGGAAUUCAUCUAGUAGAGCACGAAGCGCUUGUAAACCUAUGUGGUUUGGAACUCAAUGCUGUAGUUCGUAAUUGUCAAGAGAAGUAUUAGAGCUGGAUUCGCCAUGGCAGCUCGUUUAAAGUAUGAGUCACCGCAAUACAAGAGAGAUGGAUGGGCUUGCCUCAGGUGGUGCACCAGUGACGGAAGGUAUUCCAAACGCAGUGGCAAACCCGGAAUUGCUUGGCGGUGGGAAUCAGAGCACGUUUGGCUCGCCUCUUCGGGAAAUACAUAAAGUCGGCUGCCUAAAAUACAUUCCAGCAAGAAGAAUGUGCCAGUUUUUAAAGGCUCAGAAACCAGAGAAGGUGUGGGUUGCAUUCUGUCUGCAUAAUGAUAAGGAUGCCUUUUUGGAGUUCUACGACAAUUGCAGGAACAUCGCUGGCCAUGAACCAUUAUCCAAAUUUGAGCUAUCGAAGUGUCUUCAUAUUUCACCAUCACUGGCAUCAGAGGAUGAGCACUUUGAGUUUGCCAUCACUUUGGUGUCUCAUGUUGUUCGUCUUGUGGCCCCAUCGAGGGAGGCAAUGGUAGAGUGGAUAGACACAAUACGCACAAAACUGCGGGACCUUGGUAUUCUUGAGCCAAAGGACAAUGUAUACAGUGGAGAUCCUGUACCUAUGCAACCUUCACAAGAAGUCCACCUAGGCUCGAGGAGCAACAGUACAAACGAAGGAGCAUCAGAGGAAGCUAGUACUGCUCGUGACCCCAAUUCACCACUGCCAUCUGUGCCUGCACUCGCACCCGGGCCCACACCCCCUCCGCUGCCUCCAAGAAGCGCAAGCUCAUCUUCGACGCCUGUCUUCACUUUUGACAGUGCCAGCCUUCCUCCAACUGAAGCUCGGCACGGCUACCAGCGUAGCGCAAGUUUAGAUUCUGGUUCGGCCUCAUCAACUAGUGCACACAGCUCUCCUGCUCCGGAAGUGCCAGACAGGGAAAAUGGUGUUUAUGAGCCCCUUUUUCGCCCCCUUGUCUCUGUUACGAGAGUCAACUCGUGGUCUUCACCAUCCAGGCCGUUACACGCCCUGUUAGAGACUUGUAGGAACAAAAGACUCUCUUUCACGGCACCAUCGAUGCCAAAUUCUUACUUGAACGCAAGGCCGGGCCCUUCAAACAUUCCAAGUGAGCAAGCUUGCAGUGCUGCGAGGGAUGUACCUACAGGGAACGCAGCUGCAGCCACAUCUACUUCUGCAGCGGGGGCUCCUCCACAAAUUCCUACCAGCACAGGGCAAGAGGCACGCCUGCCAGAGGAAAGUGGUCAGGCACUGACACUGAAGGAAGCACAAGUUCUGUGUUUGCGUAAAGAAAUUGAGCAUGAUUACGGAGUUCGCCUAAUCGUAAGGAAGAGGGACUGCCUUCAUGCUGUGGCGUUUGUGGAGUGCUUCGGAGCAGUAUGGAUAGCAGGUUGGAACCAGAAGGACCACCCACUCUUGCAUAACGUAUUUCACGUUGGUGACCGGCUGCGGAGUGUUGCAGGUGCUCGAGUCACCACCGUGCAAGAUGUAGUUAGGGUCAUCAAAAGUCAAGGAGUCACGGUGGAGUUUGUGGUUCACAGGCUACCACAUGGAAGAGUUUUUGCAAUAAAGCGGGAUGUUGAAGGACAGGAACUUGGUCUUGUGAGGGAACGUGGCACACCAGAGAUUGCCGAAGUUAAGCCAGGAGGCCUAGCAGCAAAACAUGGUCUGCCCCUAAGAGCAACAACUGUUGAUGGGACAAGCUUAUGCAACUGGUUUCUGACGGAAGUAAACUGUAGGCCGCUAAACCUUUUCUUCAAGAAUCACGAGGUACAGGACCGGUUGAAUGCAGUUGGCAAAGAUAUAUCAAUACUGGUGCAGCCUUCGGAUUUGGUGUUCGCCCUCAAAAAGCAGCUGAAAUCUCUGAGGGGCUACAAAGAAUUCAUCGUUCAGUGAACUUUCUGACAACCCUUCUUGAUAGUCCCGUGUAGUAUACAGUAAAGCAGCUUCGUGACUA